CCCCACUUCACUGCUGCUUGUUUUCUCCAACUUGCAUGAAUGCAAAAACACACGCUUGCUCCUCCAUGUAAAAGCCUCGUUCAGCAGAGUUAAGAAUCCCAGGCUUUGGAGACACUUCAGACAGACACACGAGAGAGCGAGAAAAGAGAGACCGUCACCACAGCUAAUGCUCCUGCUUCUAUUCUAGCUGGAAGAGACCUUCCUGUGGAUUUAUCAAUGACUUCUUUGUUUGGUCUGUUGCAGAGUGCCCCCUCUUUUAGCCCCCUGGAAACACCCUCCGACCUACAGCAGUAGUAAGUCCAUACUUCUCUUACCUCUAUGCUUCUGUCUUAGUGCUUAUCCAUUCCAAAACGUGUGUUUGUCUGUGUUUAGGGCACGUUUUAGGAGUACUGUCAGCAGGGGAUUUUAAGCAUUUGAACACCCUGUGGAGAUUUCCCCAUACAGGGAAGGGGGGAGACUCCUGCUGCUUCCUGAGCGAAAGAGAAAGGUUCUGAUUAACGGGGGUAAAAGCUGCCAGUACAGUGUGUCCUCUGUCUUGAGAGGUUUUGGGGGGGAUAGUAGUCGAGGAGGUGGUGGUGGUGGGGACAUGGUUACUAUAUGGCGAUUUAUUUAAAGCUGAAAGCAAACAGCCCCCGAGUCAAACCUGGAUGUCAUUUGUGUGGAGAGAGACCGGGAACACCGCUCUAUUCCACCUCUACAGCUACGUAACUUUAUCCAUUAUCUCCCCAGAGUGGGUGUGUGAAGCCAGCCUGUAUCCUAUAACAAUAACUUUGAUAUGAAAGUGGGUGUUUGAUCAGUAAGCAAACCAGCAGCGUUACGACUUUGAUAUUUGUUUUUGUCAGCAGAGAUUUAUGUGCGCUAUUUCUGUUUCUGCAAUCAAAUGUAAGGAAUUCUAGCCCUAGCCAUGGUGACAUUCUUGUUGUCCAAUGGCUGAAAGUUCUCCCACCAUUUCUGCUUGGAACUUUCCAUCUCUCCCCAAACUUAUAUUUGGAUUUCACAGCAUGAUAUUCCCUAACUCUUUUGAAUAGUUUAUUGGUCUCAUGAAUCUUUGACGUCAUUCAUUGUCGCCAGCUCAUUGGAUAUUAAGUAACACAGGUUAUUGAUAUUGCCAUGCACUGUAUUGGAAUGAAUUAAUUAACAGAUAAAUCUGUCUGUGCACUUAUUAUAUUAUGUCAUAUUUUAUGAAUACUGCAUGUUUUAACUUAUUUCUAUAGUCUAGAUGGAUUUCUGAAAGCCUUUAUUUUUUUUUUACAUGUAUUUGUAAAAGUCUAAGAAAUAUGUUUAGUAACUUGUCGCAUCAUCUGCCCCAAGUUGUUAUGGGCAUUUUAAAAUAUGCAAAAACUAUGUUUCUGGUCAACAGCUAAUCACAUUUGCACAUUACUUUAAUGUUUUUUCUACAAAACAUUCAGACUGCUUCAUUGGACCAAGCUGGUUUUGAUUUGAUAAUGUUUAUUAAUGUUUAUGAUGCAAGUAUUGCAUCACAACAGUUUGUGUAGAAACCAUAUCUAUCAUCCCUUUAAGAAAUUAGUUUAAAAUUGUAAACUCCUGAGAUUAAGCCAUAAAUCCCACAGACUUUCCUCUAAGGGUUACAAGACACUUGUUUAGGGGGUGAAAGUUUACUGGGGUUUCUUUGACUAUGUUUCUGGUCAACAGCCAAUCACAUUUGCACAUUACUUUAAUGUUUGUUCUACAAAACAUUCAGACUGCUUCAUUGGACCAAGCUGGUUUUGAUUUUAUAAUGUUUAUUAAUGUUCAUGAUGCAAGUAUUGCAUCACAACAGUUUGUGUAGAAACCAUAUCUAUCAUCCCUUUAAGAAAUUAGUUUAAAAUUGUAAACUCCUGAGAUUAAGCCAUAAAUCCCACAUACUUUCCUCAAAGGGUUACGAGACACAUGUUUAGGGGGUGAGAGUUUACUGGGGUUUCUUUGAAAUUAAAGGGCUAGCCUAUAUUCAAGAACUUUCUAGUACACAUUUACCUCAUUGUUGUAUACCACAUUGCUUACCAUAUACAGGCGUGUACAAACAAGGGACCAAAAUAUAUAUUUUUGGCUUUGAGUUCAAGAUAGGUCAGCAACAGACGUGCACAGACAGUAUUCAGUCGUUAGACUAUUCACAUUUGAGUUCUGAGAACUAUGAAAAAGGUUAUUGUUGAGGGUGUUAAAUAAAGGAACAAGGAGGCAUGGUUCUUCCUGUUAACGUUUUAAUGCAGUGGGCUAAAUCAGGGUCACACAGUGUUUCUUGGUAAUCUUAAAACAAAUCUAUAUUUCGAAACAAAAGUAUACACCUCACACACAUGGUUAUGGGUUUAAAAAAAGAAGACACCUGUACCAUGUCUGUAUAGAGCUGAAAUGUAUUCAAUUUAGAGUUUGCAUCCCAAUACUACAAUUAUAUCACAGAAGACUGAAAUAUAACCAAACCAUUUGAUAUAGAAACACCGGAUUUCUCAAUAUUUUUAUCAUGUUAAUUAAUUAUGAAAUUAUGAACAAUAUAACGUUUCACCCAUGCGUCCACUAGAGGGCGCUUCUGGUCGUUCAACUGCAGGAACUACACUUUAACCUGGCAUUAUGUAAGAGGGCCAAACUAAUUUGGGGAAACCCUGCUACUCCCCUCAUGCCUCACUGCACUUCACUUCUGGUCUCAAAUAUUUGUCUAUUGUCUUUCCAAAUGUUUGUUUGUUGUUCGUUUACAGCACAGGAAAGUGGAAUAUCCUGCAAUGGGAAUUAGACUACUGUUGUGUUACCCUGUAGAGAUACUGUGGGUGGAGCAAUUCACUGUGCUGAAGUUACCCCACUCUAAAAAGUUGUUGUCAAGUGUUGUUUAAUUUUUCCACAUGAUUUACUACCGUUACUGGGAAUUGUUGUUAGUUUAAUGGCCUCCACUCAUGCAUGGCAGCACAAAUAGAAAGACAGGGAGGCGUCAAGCUCUCUCCUCAGACAGUGGCAUCUGAAGUAGAGUAACCCUAAAAAAAAGUACAGGUGCAUGGCAUAGCAGAGUAACGUGAGAACGUUCAGACAAUAUUUUUUAGAAAUCUCUCCCAUUGGCCCCCGUGGAAUGCAAAGUUAAGGGCAGUGAGCACAAGUAGAGUGCUUUUUUAUUUUACGUCAAGGUCCAAAUUCCAGGCAUGCUUAUAUAAAAGCAUCUUUACACUCUUCAUGUUCCCCUAAUAAAAAUAAACAAAAAGGCUGAAUCAACAAGUAAUCAACCACAGAAUGUGUAAGAUAAGCCUAACCAUAUGGCAACUCACAAAACUGUGUCAAUAAAAAUAAAAAUGCUUCUUUAUCUUUUCAUUAAAUGCAUGUUACGCAAAUUGUUUUACUCAAUUAAACUGCACUUAAUUACCAACACUGGCAUGUAUUACAGCAUGCUUUCUUCUAGCUAGCUAGCUGUGUGAACAUAUAGUCUAGUCCUAAUCAGGCUUUCUGAGUCAAGCUGCUUUUUAGGUUGAAUCAUUAUUUUCUCCAUGUUUUGCUCUAGCUCCGGUUGUAAGGCCGUACACAGCGAGGUGGAGAAGGACGAAGGAUCAUCCGGCAGCGAGCCAGCGGCUCCAGAAUGCGACCGCCAUGUUUACAAGAACGUCCUGGAGGGCGGCGACAUUCCCCUGCAAGGUCUGCGGGCCCUCAACAAGCGCCAUGCCAGCACCUCCUCCAAAGGUAGGAUUCCACUCCACACAUGCUGCCAGUAAAGAGGGGUACUGAACUGGCUUCAAAGUGGGACUCUGAAAGGGGGUUUUACCACUCAGAUGGAACCAAAUGACUUGUGGGGAUGUUGGAUCAUAAAAGUAUCUGUUAGGGAUACAUGUGUUUCCUUUUAACUUUGUGUUGAAAUCCACAUAUGUUUUUGCUUCAGGUUAUCACACCAGAGGCCAAUCAUCUUGCAGCAUAAAUCUUUUUUCAGCCGUUUAUUUUUUAAAUCAUUGAUGUCAUGGAUGUUUCACCAAACUCAGUGGAGGCUAUCAGGCUAACCUUGGGUUAUCCCCUCGUCCUACAGUUAUCUUCCUCUGCAGGCCAGGCAGUCGUUGGAGAGGCUUAGGGGCAGGGCUCCAGAGUGUCCUAAAGCCAGGGAGAAAAGGUCCAGGUGAAGGGACUAUUGGGGAGGAAAGGGGAAGAUAAACAGUGCUCUGGUUUUGUAGGCUAGGCCAGACAGGGGUGAGAUAAACAAGAGGGACACAGCAGGGUGGUUAGGCAUGAGGAAGUCAGCUGUCAGAGAGAGGUCAAAGGAUGGAAUUCCUGCGCACAUGACCAGGGGAGAGAAAUGCGAGGGGGAGGAGAGGAAAGGAGGGAAGGAGAGGAAAGGAGGGAAGGGGAGGAAAGGAGGGAGGGGGUGAAGAAAGGAAAUGACAGAUCGGGCACUGCAUGGCGAUGUUGCUCCAAUACAUAACAUAACUGGAAUUCCAACUGGCCAAGCAAGGCCUGAAGUCUAUAGUUUAUUGCCAGUCCGUUUGGAGUUUGUUUUUGUUUUUGCCAGAUGCACAAAUGUAUUCUUUGUAGAGGUAUUAUUAGUUUAUGUAAGCUGUCUGCGCUCCUCAAUUAAUAAUACAUAUUUUUUCUCUACAAAAUUAUUUUAGAUGGCCAGUACUGUAUCGUGAAACAAAGAUACCAGAUAACUUGACUGAAGUUCAAGUCCCUAUUCUAUAAAAGUCUUGACUGAUGUCCCGUUUCCAUACAAUUUGGGAAACUGCUAUAAAGGGAAUUCCGCCCAGAGUCAUCUUGAGCCAAAGUCAACUGACUAGCACGCUCUCUCAUUAUGUCUUGCCAGAGACACACCAUCUCAGCUCUGUGGACACUCAGUUACAGUCCAUUACAACAGAGCAAGAUAAAGUACAGAGAGAGCUUCAUCAUGUGGUCCUGCUUCAUCAUGUGGUCCUGCUUCAUGCUCUUUCAAACAGUAAUGGCACACUUUGUUGUCACAGAACUUUGCUUCCUGCAGGCCUUUCUAGUGGCUAAGAUUAUAAUAUCAUAUUCAUGGAAAUAACAUGAGUAUUCAACUUAUUCAGUGUGUGUGGUUGCUCAAACAGGAUACUGAGGGGAGAUAUGACUGAGCCAAAAACACAGAUACAUUAGCAUAAUGCUAAUGAGCAUUUACAGCCUUCUGCUGUAGGCUACAUCCCUGUAGAGUUGUUUCACAACAGCUGGUGGCGGUUAUGUGUCAUCAUUCCCUACUGGGAUGUGUAAUUCCUUACUGUGGUAGGACUAGCACAUUACAGUAUGUGGCAUUACUAGCACAUUUCUUACUCAGAGGUGAGAAUCAACCAUAACUACUCAUCCCCGCAGGUGUGUCUUACAGAAUAUUAUGUUGUAGUGGCUCACAGUGGCGUGUAUGACCUUGCUGUUUUGACAGUUCUAUUUGAGACUGUGUCCUGUGAUGGACCCUGAGAAGGAAGUGCUUUUUGGGUUAGCUGCAAAAAGUAAAGGGCGUUCCAAUUCCUCAAUGCUGAGGUCUAGUUCAUAAGUAGUGCGUCGAUGGGCAACAGUAGCUUACAGAGUAGUUUGUAUUUCUUAUGAACUCUUAUGAGCUGUUUAUUGCAUCAUUUUAGUUUAUACUGAUAUCAAAGCUACUGUGGAUUCUGGUCUGAGAUUUAGAGGCAAAUAUUAGAAAAUGUAAUCUGUUAUUUAAUUUGAUGUUCGAACAGCAAGCUUACCAACAUUACAUAGCAUUUCAUGCAUGACGUACUGCCCUGCUCUUUGCCCUUUCUGUUGUUUCACCUCUUUUAUGUUACUGUUUACGAUCACUAAUCAUUUAAUUAUUAAUAAUUGUGAUUGAAUAAGCAUAUCAGGUCCAGUGAAAAUACAAGACACUUAACAUGCAUUUCUAGGACUAUUCAAAAUCAACAUUUUCACUGCUCCACUAAAAUCAAAACAUGUUAUUUGAUUUUACAAGUGGCAUUACUAAUAGUAUAACAAAGUCAUUUGUUACUUGAUGUGAAAUGCAUCAAGUUCUUUUCUCCCUCAUCAACUUUUGAUGGAAGUUGUCUUUACUUUAGAAAUGUGUUGACCCUGUGUUAUUUUCAGUGUGUGUGAAUUUGUGACCAUUAACCUAAUAUGCUGUUUAUUCUGUUGUCCUGCAUGCUUUCCAGUGGAUUAUCAAGGUGGGAAUGGCUAUAUAAUUUCACCAUGCUCUUCUGUAAAUAGUCGAUCAGUUCUUGCCAGUAAUGCCCUAGGUUACCAGUGUAAGAAUAAGAAGCCCUUAUCUGCUGCCAAAGCCUGCAUACCCCAAAUCCUCCCCUCUAAGUUCAAACAUAAGCUGAUACCCCCUAGUGAUGACAGCCACGACAGGAGGACUGCACCUGCCAGGCACCCAAAGGCACACAGCUUUGAGGAUAUAUACACAGGGAGCACAGGAGCAGAGGCCCAGGAGAGCGGACUAAACUCAAACACGCACAAAAACUCCAAUGGUCUCCCCCUUGACUCUGAGACUGGUUUAAAAAAUGGCAGCCCUGCGACUAGAAGGAGCACAUCCGAGUUCUCCACCCUGUACCGGAACAUGCACAGUAUCCAGAGGCCUUCCUGCUCGGUGGGCUCCAGUCCCCACGGGAGUGUCCGUAGCCUGACCUGCCUAUUCGAGAAGGUGGGGGUCAAUGGAAUUGAUAGGGAGGGGGACGAGGCAGGGGGGAACAUUCCCAGGCGGGAGGCCGUGUCGUCGCGGGUGUCGGAGUUUGAGCUGAUCACCCAGCGCUCCAGCCCAUCUCCCACACGCUCCUCCUCCAUGCCAACGCUACCCACCGGCCAGAGCCUCACCCACAACCACAGCCCCGCCGACCUCUUCAUGGCGUCCGCGGUCUCGGCUGAGUCGCUGCUGGUCACUGACCCUGGGCACGCUAGGCUGUUAGAGGGCUGCCCUCUUGAGGACACAGAGGGCAAGGCGGCCCGAGACGAGGCGUUUCUGUCAGGCAGUGAGAUAGUGGAGGAGGUGGCAUCCUCUGAGUACAUUGGCACACUGAGAGCCGAGUCCCUCUCUGGGACUGAGGCAGAGACAGAGCAGCACGGCCCCACAGAGAAAGCCCCAGUACCAACAGAGAAACCCCCAGAGGUCACUAUCUCCAGAACCUCAAACAGUCCCCCAUCACCAGUCACCCCGUCCGCUCCCCCACACAACCUCCACAACCACCACCAUCUUAAACCCAGCAGCAAGUGCAAAGGCUCCUGCCCAGCCUCCUAUACCCGCUUCACCACUAUCCGGCGGCAUGAAAGGCAGCAGGAGGCCAUGGCCCAGCAGGAUAAACUGUCCACCCAGGAGAAAAUAAAGAACUCCUCCUCUCUCCCCUCAAACCACUUCCUCAUGGGCCCUGCACCGUUCAGGGUGAGGAGGUCUCUCCAGUCUCACCAGGCCAAAAAGACUCUCUCAGCCACUAAGGUGAUGGCAGGUCAAACGUCACAGACCCAUUUCUAUGAUCCCAGGCCCCUCAUCCCACAGCGCCUCUCUUCCUUGGAGGUACUGGAGAGGCUGGGCAACGGGGAAGGUGCGCCAUCCGACAGUGACAACAACCUGACUAAUAGGGGAGUCUUGGACGCCAAUGGGAAUCUUCUGCAGCCGCUGGCAGCGCACCGAAGAGGUGGCUAUCUCCUCUCCAUAUUUUCACCUGAGUGUCCCUUCUCCCACACACCUGUGCCGAUCUCUCUGGCCACUCAUUGUGUUUUUUCUCCAAGCUUUUCUUCUUCACAUUGUAUCUGUAUUUUUCACAACGUGAUAAUACCACCUUUCAUCUUUUUAGUCUGUGUGGUGUGUCACAAAGUGACAAUGCAGCCUCCAUUACAGUUUUGAUUCAAUUUUCUUGCCCGACAAACAUUUUUUUUCCAUAAACUCAUCACAAAACACUUUUGUAACUUUAGUGCAUUCUCACAACUUAAGGAGUUAUACAUAGCUACAUACAAAUGUCAGAGGCCUACAUGACCAUUACAUGACACUUCUCUGAAUUGUGUAAAAGUAGAUUGGCUAAAAUGGGAUUAAUUUAGAUAAAAAUGUAUUGAACUUCAUGUAAAAUGGCAUGUAAUGUUGGUGUAGGCUAUUGUUAUGGCUAUGCAGUAUACACCCUCAAGUAAUGUGUUACCAUGUCUUUUAUAAGGCUAUGUGCUUUUGGGUUUUGUCAGUUUUGGGGUAAGCAAAUGUGCUGUGUCAGGGGUCUGUUUUCAUCUGUCAUCCUUCAUUUUAUCAUUCUGACAAGACUGGAAUUUCAAGUAGAGAGACUGUGCUUCCCUCAUAUUUCUUUAUAGCUGAUAUUGGUAUUUCCUGUAAAUAUUCUGUGUAAUACAUGGAUUUAUGUCUCAGAGGUUGGUAAUUAUAAGGGUUUUCUUAUGGUGUUUGGUUUGAGGCAUGGUGAAAUGUCUAUUGCUAAUGGCUGGGUGGGAAGCAAGAUGAGUAGUGUAGUACAGUUAGUGAUGACUGGGAUGAAGCAUUAAACAUUGGUGAUGGGUGAUAUGCAUUUACAUUGUACAUCAACCAUAUCAUAAGUCACAAUUUUUUAUCUGAAUGUUUUAUACAGUAUUUUGUUUCCUCUAUAGCCAUCAACCUUUUUUGGUAUUUUUUCAUAAACAACAGGCUAAAUAAAGCUGAGUCAUAGUGUGUUACUGUGUUUAUUGUUUUGUGCAUGUGGGAAUAUGUUUUUUUCAGUAUGUGUAUUUUUCCGUUAUCAUACUGCAAAUGACACCUUUUCUUCAGAGCAUGUCUAGUUCUAUAUUUUACAGUGUUCCCCUGCUUUGUCAAAAUACGUUUUAUAAAUCUAUUGGAAUAGUGGUAUUGCAAUAAGGUUAGGGCUAUUUAUUUUUAUUUUUUAUAUUAUAGAUAUUGAAAGCAGUACUAUUGAUGAACUCUGUUAUGGGAAAAUGUUGAAUCCCUUUGGAGAAUUUCAGGACAUAAUGAAUUUAUUUUUCGUAUUAGAUUCAGACUACUUGACCCAUGUAGACCUUGGUGACGGUCAGGAUGAUGUGGUCAGGAGACGCCAUGGAGAUAAAGAGGUAAUGUUUUUUUAUCGUUUGUUUAUAGUUUCUGCAACAUUUCUUUUGUAGUCCUCUCUCAACAAAAUCUGAUAGGGCUUCACUCUCCUUUUUGAACAAUAAAUGUAACUAAAAACUGUUCAGUGUAUACUAAAAAUUGCUUUACUGAUCAUCUCCAUCUUGAAAAUGCCUGUCGUCCUUAGAACUAUUAAUGUGGCAUGCAAAAACAAGUGAAAUACAAAAUAAAUGACUUGCAGAAAAUUGUAUGUUUCCCUGACAGAAAAUCUUGGAAGAGCAGCGACGGCUGAAGAGGGAACAGGAGGAGGCUGACACAGCAUCGAGGCGACACACGGGAAUCGUUCCCACCCACCACCAGUUCAUCACUAACGAACGUUUCGGAGACCUGCUCAACAUCAACGAAGCAGACAAGAGGAAAUCCGGAUCAGAGGUGCAGUACAGUACCAUCCCUCUCAUUGUGCAAAAUGACAGGUGGGUGGGUGGGUGGGGGGGAGGGGAGGAGAGUCAGUGGGGUUCCUGCUUUUACAGAUGGUUUCGUCAGCUGUGACCAGACUUCAAAGGGUUGAAGCAAAUGCUGUACAUUGCAGUCAGAUGUUAGUGAUUAGGGCAUUAGUAACUCUGACUUGAAUCAUUGUUCUGCUUUUUUUACUGCUUAUUAUGGUCAACACCCACUCAUGACUAUAACCAGGGGCAUCAUGCACCCCAAACAUCAGAUGAGGCACAAAGUAUGUGAGCAGUGGGGCUAGGCCCCGCGUCCGAAAGUUGGAGAAUUUUGGAUUUUUCAAACACCUGAAACAGCUUUUGUCCUGCAAUCUAGAGCUAUAAUCAUUUAUGCUUAAUUCUAAGCAUACAUCUUGAGCUGUCUGUGUCCUCCUGACUGGUGGUUAUUUCUUUAUUUUUUUAAAGUCUACCAGCCUUGCCAGCAGGCAUGCCAGCUAAGAUAGUUAGACAAGCUAUACUGAACAAAAAUACAAAUGCAACAUGCAACAAUUUCAACGAUUUUACUGAGUUACAGUUCAUAUAAGGAAAUCAGUCAGUUUAAAUAAAUAAAUUAGGCCCUAAUCUAUGGAUUUCACAUGACUGGGCAGGGGCCUGGGAGGGCAUGGGCCCACCCACUUGGGAGCCAGGCCCAGCCAAUCAGAAUAAGCCUUUUCCCACAAAAGGGCUUUAUUACAGACAGAAAUUGCACGCUCCCUCCCUCAACUUGAGACAUCUGUGGCAUUGUGUUGUGUGACAAAACUGCACAUUUUAGAUUGGCCUUUUAUUGACCCCAGCACAAGGUGCACCUGGUGUAAUUAUCAUGCUGUUUAAUCAGCUUCUUGAUAUGACACACCUGUCAGGUGGAUGGAUUAUCUCGGCAAAGGAGAAAUGUUCUCUAACGGGGAUGUAAACUAAUUUCUGCACAAAACUUGAGAGAAAUAAGCUUUUUGUGCGUAUGGAACAUUUCUGGGAUCUUUUAUUUUCAGCUCCUGAAACAUGGGACCAACACUUUACAUGUUGCAUUUAUAUUUUUGUUCAGUAUAGCUACUUUAACUUGAUUGAUAGCCUGAAGUUGCAUGGACUCACUCUGUGUGCGAUAAUAGUGUUUAACAAGAUUUUUGAAUGACUACCUCAAUCUCUGUACUCCACACAUACAAUUAUCUGUAAGGUCCCUCGGUCGAGCAGUGAAUUUCAAACACAGAUUCAACCACAAAGACCAGGGAGGUUUUCCAAUGCCUCACAAAGAAGGGCACCUGUUGGUAGAUGGAGCAGACACUGAAUAUUCCUUUGAGCAUGGUGAAGUUAUUAAUUACACUUUGGAUGGUGUAUCAAUACACCCAGUCACUACAAAGAUACAGGCGUCCUUCCAAACUAACUCAGUUGCUGGAAAGGAAGGAAAUCGCUCAGGGAUUUCACCAUGAGGCCAAUGGGUGACUUUAAAAGAGUUUGAUGGCUGUGAUAGGAGAACUGAAGAUGGAUCAACAUGGUAGUUACUCCACAAUACUAACCUAAUUGACAGAGUGAAAAGAAGGAAGCAUGUACAGAAUACAAUUAUUCUAAAGUAAUAAUGCAAAAAAUGUGGCAAAGCAAUUAACUUAUUGUCCUGAAUACAAAGUUUUAUGUUUGGGGAAAAUCCAAUACAACACAUUACUAAGUACCUCUCUCCAUAUUUUCAACCAUAGUGGUGGCUGCAUCAUGUUAUGGGUAUGCUUGUAAUCGUUAAGGACUGGGAAUGGAGCGAAGCACAGGCACAAUCCUACAGGAAAACCUGGUUCAUUCUACUUUUCCUUUUUUAAAUCAUUUUUUUCUGGGAAGGGCCCGUAAGUAAGCAUUUCACUGUUAGUCUACACCUGUUGUUUACGAAGCAUGUGACAAAUACAAUUUUAUUUGAGUCUGCUUUCCACCAGACACUGGGAGGUGAAUUCACCUUUCAGCAGAACAAUAACCUAAAACACAAGGCCAAAUCUACACAGGAGUUGCUUACCAAGAAGACAGUGAAUGUUCCUGAGUGGCCGAGUUACAGUUUUGACUUAAAUCUGCUUGAAAAUCUAUGGCAAGACAUGAAAAUGGUUGUCUAGCAAUGACCAACAACCAAUUGGACAGAGCUUGAAGAACUUUGAAAAGAAUAAUGGGCAAAUGUUGAAAGCUCUUAGAUACUUACCCAGAAAGACUCACAGCUGUAAUCACUGCCAAAGGUGAUUCUAACAUGUAUUGACUCAGGGGGUUGAAUACUUAUCUAAUCAAGAAAUAUUUUUGCUAGGUGGCUAGUAGUAUUACAGAGAAAUAACAACAACAAAUAUUUUUUAGUAGUUUUUAUUUUUUAAACAGGACAAAUCUGAGGGGCAUGUGCCCCUGUGCCCCCUAUGGGCAUGACCCCUCUGACUACAAUGAUUCAAUAUCUUUACAUCAAUGAUUUGACCUUGCCUGAAUAUUGAUGAAUGAAGCUAUUGUAGUAGUGAUAGUAGUUGUAGCUAUAAACACAUUCCAAGGUUCAACAUAACGCUUUGCACAGGUUAGUACAAUAUAGGUUAACACAACAUGCUAGGACAAAAUACAGUUUUGUUCACCCAUUAUGUUUAUGUGAUUUACCAUUUCAACAUACCUGUUUACAAUACCAUACACUUACAAAGAGUAUGCUCUCUACUGUAUUUUCAGUGACCAGCUAAAUACAUCUGCCAAACAUACUACGAAGCUGUUCGGGAAGCAGACAGCCCUUUACAACACAGAAUAGAGUUUGAGAUAAAUGGUUGUCAAAAAAGAUUGAGAUCUCAUUACAAUGCUCAUUACAAUGCUCCAGUGUGUAGACACUUACUUGGAACUACAGUCUUCGGGGCCAAGAUCUUCAUAAAACUGACUAUCCUACCGAUCCUUGACUUCGGCGAUGUCAUUUACAAAAUAGCCUCCAACACUCUACUCAGCAAAUUGGAUGUAGUCUAUCACAGUGCCAUCCGUUUUGUCACCAAAGCCCCAUAUACUACCCACCAUUGUGACCUGUACACUUUCGUUGGCUGGCCCUCACUACAUAUUCGUUGCCAAACCCACUGGCUCCAGGUCAUCUAUAAAUCACUGCUAGGCAAAUCCCCGCCUUAUCUUAGGUCAUUGGUCACCAAAGCAACACCCACCUGUAGUAUGCGCUCCAGCAGGUAUAUCUCACUGGUCAUCCCCAAAGCCAACACCUCCUUUGGCCGCCAUUCCUUCCAGUUCUCUGCUGCUAAUGACUGGAACGAACUGCAAAAAUCUCUGAAGCUGGAGACUCUUAUCUCCCUCUCUAACUUUAAGCAUCAGUUGUCAGAGCACCUUACCGAUCACUGCACCUGUACACAGCCAUUCUGAAAUUAGCCCACCCAACUACCUCAUCCCCAUAUUGUUAUUUAUUUUGCUCAUUUGCACCCCAGUAUCUCUAUUUGCACUCUCUAUCUUCUUCUGCACAUCUAUCACUCCAGUGUUAAUACUACAUUGUAAUUAUGUUGCACUAUGGCCUAUUUUAUUGCCUUACCUCCAUAACUUACUACAUUUGCACACACUGUAUAUAGAUUUUCUAUUGUGUUAUUGACUGUAUGUUUUGUUUUAUCCCAUGUGUAACUCUGUGUUGUUUUUAUUGCACUGCUUUGCUUUAUCUUGGCCAGGUCGCAGUUGUAAAUGAGAACUUGUUCUCAACUGGCUUACCUGGUUAAAUAAAGGUGAAAUAAGAAUCAAAAUAAAUAAAUACUGUAUAUCAUAAUGAUAAAUCUGCCUUUCACUCUGUAUUCCCUGACACACAUUUACUACAUUUUAAUCGGCCUGCCUGCUCUUUUGGCAGUGCUCUAUCUAUGCAGCCCACAGUAGCUCAGUAUUUACCACCGGACAGAAACAGUCACGAGUCGUUUCAUUCCUGUCAUUGCUAGAAUAUUCUUAGUGGAUCAGGGAGCAAGGGCACAACUAACAACCAAAUGAGCUCAGAAGUUACAUUUAGCACUCAAACAUUUAAGCAUUUUAACUAAUUACCAUUAUAUGUAACCAGUACAAAUUGUUACUCUGGAUUAUAUGGGUAUGUUUUUAUACAUUCUGUAAGCAUAUUAUAUUAUUAUGUUAAUUUGCAGUGCAUUAUAUGCUUUGGAAAAUGUUUAUUGCAGCGGACAUGUACAAGAGAGAGACAUCUUUUCAUGUGCCUCAAUUUUUAUGAAUAAAUAAUAUCUUACUACAGGAUAUAUUAUUAUUAUUAUUAUAUUAUUAUUAUUAUAUAAAGAUAUACUGUAACUACCACCAGUAAUUCACUGUGAACAUAAACCAGAAGUUCGUUUUGUGUGAACCUUGCAACCUGGCAUGCAAGGCCAGCCUGAACUGAAUAACCAAUGUUCAGUAGAUGUCACAGGGCAUGGGAGUCUCCUUAAUCCAUGCUUAUUUUCUAACAGUCCCUGCUUUUUGUUUACAGAGAACUCCAGCCCUGGCUCGGUUUGACUUCAGAGCAGAGACUCUAAAGUGGGUAAAACUCAUUGACACACAUACAGUGAGGGAAAAAAGUAUUUGAUCCCCUGCUGAUUUUGUACGUUUGCCCACUGACAAAGACAUGAUCAGUCUAUAAUUUUAAUGGUAGGUUAAUUUGAACAGUGAGAGACAGAAUAACAACAACACAAUCCAGAAAAAUGCAUGUCAAAAAUGUUAUAAAUUGAUUUGCAUUAUAAUGAGGGAAAUAAGUACUUGACCCCAUCUCAAUCAGGAAGAUUUCUGGCUCCCAGGUGUCUUUUAUACAGGUAACGAGCUGAGAUUAGGAUCACACUCUUAAAGGGAGUGCUCCUAAACUCAGUUUGUUACCUGUAUAAAACACACCUGUCCACAGAAGCAAUCACUCAAUCAGAUUCCAAACUCUCCACCAUGGCCAAGACCAAAGAGCUCUCCAAGGAUGUCAGGGACAAGAUUGUAGACCUACACAAGGCUGGAAUGGGCUACAAGACCAUCGGCAAGCAGCUUGGUGAGUAGGUGACAACAGUUGGUGCGAUUAUUCGCAAAUGGAAGAAACACAAAAGAACUGUCAAUCUCCCUCGGCCUGGGGCUCCAUGCAAGAUCUCACCUCGUGGAGUUGCAAUGAUCAUGAGAACGGUGAGGAAUCAGCCCAGAACUACACGGGAGGAUCUUGUCAAUGAUCUCAAGGCAGCUGGGACCAUAGUCACCAAGAAAACAAUUGGUAACACACUACGCCGUGAAGGACUGAAAUCCUGCAGUGCCCGCAAGGUCCCCCUGCUCAAGAAAGCACAUAUACAGGCCCGUCUGAAGUUUGCCAAUGAACAUCUGAAUGAUUCAGAGGAGACCUGGGUGAAAGUGUUGUGGUCAGAUGAGACCAAAAUGGAGCUCUUUGGCAUCAACUCAACUCGCCGUGUUUGGAGGAGGAGGAAUGCUGCCUAUGACCCCAACAACACCAUCCCCACCGUCAAACAUGGAGGUGGAAACAUUAUGUUUUGGGGGUGUUUUUCUGCUAAGGGGACAGGACAACUUCACCGCAUCAAAGGGACGAUGGACGGGGCCAUGUACCGUCAAAUCUUGGGUGAGAACCUCCUUCCCUCAGCCAGAGCAUUGAAAAUGGGUCGUGGAUGGGUAUUCCAGCAUGACAAUGACCCAAAACACACGGCCAAGGCAACAAAGGAGUGGCUCAAGAAGAAGCACAUUAAGGUCCUGGAGUGGCCUAGCCAGUCUCCAGACCUUAAUCCCAUAGAAAAUCUGUGGAGGGAGCUGAAGGUUCGAGUGUCCAAACGUCAGGCUCGAAACCUUAAUGACUUGGAGAAGAUCUGCAAAGAGGAGUGGGACAAAAUCCCUCCUGAGAUGUGUGCAAACCAGGUGGCCAACUACAAGAAACGUCUGACCUCUGUGAUUGCCAACAAGGGUUUUGCCACCAAGUACUAAGUCAUGUUUUGCAGAGGGGUCAAAUACUUAUUUCCCUCAUUAAAAUGCAAAUCAAUUUAUAACAUUUGUGGGGGGGUUUUCUGUUUUUUGUUGUUGUUAUUAAAUAAAAUUAUAGACUGAACAUGUCUUUGUCAGUGGGCAAACGUACAAAAUCAGCAGGGGAUCAAAUACUUUUUUUCCCUCACUGUACCAGGAGGGAUUUCAAGAACAUGCGCACAAUAUUUUAAACUGCAACGAAAUAUAAGCUUUAGUGUGUUGUAAUCAUCAUGUGACUGUAACAUAUAGGCCUAUGUACCAUUACUGUGACUGUAACAUAUAGGCCUAUGUACCAUUACUGUGACUGUAACAUAUAGGCCUAUGUACCAUUACUGUGACUGUAACAUAUAGGCCUAUGUACCAUUACUGUGACUGAUGGUGGUUUAGAUUCAUCUCCACUCACAUAGCAAUUUACACGUGGGUAGACCUCAUUCUGAGUCUUAAAGUGAAAUGUUUCAUGUGGUUGAUAUGUGGUCAUAUUUCUGCCUUACUUUGUCAUAUUGCUCAUAUGCCUUUGACAUAAUGCUCAUAUUUUAUUUUGCAUAUUGUUGAAUCCAAUAGCUAACCUAUGUUGUUUGUUGCCCUCUUUUUCAGGGAGUUACCAUUUCAAAAGGGAGACAUUGUGUACAUCAUUCGACAGGUGGAUAAUAAUUGGUUUGAAGGGGAGCAUCACGGCAGAGUCGGCAUCUUCCCACGGAGUUAUGUUGAGGUACAACCAGUUCCAAUAUUGUGACUGAAAAAUGAACUGACCUUUUCUUGCUAGAUGGAACUCACUACAGCAGGGUACAGACUGAUGUGCCAAAUAGACCAGUCAUUGCAGUGUUAUUAUUUUACAUUACAUUUUUACAUUUGAGUCAUUUAGCAGACGCUCUUAUCCAGAGCGACUUAGUUAGUGAGUGCAUACAUUUGGAAAGUUGUAGACAUGCAGUAAAACCUAGAGUACAACAUAGCUCUACUGAAACUAGACUUUCUGCGCAACUGUUCACAAGAACAUAUGAUAAGAAUAGGGAAAUGCUGUAUAAAUUAUAUUAUAUGCAGCAUAAGAAGAUAAAUAUACUAUGUUAUGACACCAGUCAAUUCAUCAGGGUUGUGACACCAGUCAGUUCAUCAGGGUUGUGACACCAGUCAGUUCAUCAGGGUUGUGACACCAGUCAGUUCAUCAGGGUUGUGACACCAGUCAGUUCAUCAGGGUUGUGACACCAGUCAGUUCAAAAGUUAAACCGUGGAAGAGGCCCAGUAAUGAUAUUCACUGGAGUCGUGUUCAGUAAGAAGAAACUGUUUUGAAACGGGGAGGUGCUACCUGAAUUUGUCCAUUUAAAAACACAGAUAUUUGUUUCCUGUUGCAAAAUGUUCUACUACAGUGUGCCCUCUUGAAUGUGACACUGCUACAGUACUAAGCAUUGACUUUGACUGAUUGCCUCCUGAACUUGACACUAGUUCCUAGCAUUGACAUUGACCGAUGUAUUUUGGGCUUUGUGUGUAUGUUUUCUCCAGCUCCUUCCCCCCACGGAGAAGGCCCAGCCAAAGAAGAGUGCCCCAGUGCAGGUGCUGGAGUAUGGAGAGGCCAUUGCACGCUUCAACUUUACAGGGGACACAGUGGUGGAGAUGUCUUUCAGAAAGGUAAAAAGAAGAACAGGGUUUUAAGGGUAUUGAGGUUCGGAGCAGUUGUAAAAUGUGUUCCUCUUUUUACAUAAUACAGAUGGAAAUCACAAAGUAUUACAACAUAGUACCAUCAUAGUUUCAGGAUACAGGAAAUACAGUAUGCUUAGCAGAAAUGUUGUGUGUGCUGAUGGUGUUUAGUUUGUGCUUGCUUUAAUGUUACGUUAUCUUAUGUAAUGGUAUGAUAUAUCAUGUAUCUAAAUGUGCGAUCAUACCGUAUGAGCUAAUGGGAUGCCAAUGUGUGUCUACAGGGAGAGAGGAUCAUCCUGAUUCGCAGGGUCGAUGAGAACUGGUACGAGGGCAAAGUCUCUGGCACCAAUCGCCAGGGUAUCUUCCCAGUCACCUACAUAGAGGUGCACAAACGACCCAGAGUCAAGAAUGGAUUGGAUUACCCAGACCCCCCCAUUGGCCAAUCACCUCACCGCAGCCUCAAUGCUUCCCCUCAGGUAAUGACACACUCCGCACACACACACUCUUGUAGAGCUCAGUCUUUCCAGGAAUACAACAGUCCUACUCCAAGUUUGCCACAGUUUUUAAGUUUACUUUUGUGCCCUACUAUUGCUAUUUAUUUUAACUUUAUUAUUUGUGUUUUGUUUAUUCAUACUCAUGUCUAAUGUUUCAUCUUUCCGUUUCUGUCCCCCCUCUCUCUCUGGAUUGGUCAUUUUGGUCUAUAAGCUGAACCGUGUCCGUAACAACCGGCUCACCACGUCCCCCCUGCCCCUCCCCCGAUCCCCCCGCCGCUCUGUGUCUCCCGAGGUCCAUGCCAUCUCCUCUGAGUGGAUCUCCCUGACCAUAGGGGGUUCCAGCCCUCCCACUGCCCCCACCCCUCCUCUACCCCCGCUCCCCUCUGUGUCUUACCGCUGGGGCGAGUACCUGCCCCCCUCCAAGUCUGCCAGCCCCGUGCCCCCCAUCUGCGGCAGCCCGUACUGCAUCUCCCCCAUGGCCUCCCCCUCCGCCUCCCCCCUGCCUCCGCCCUACCCGCCCCGCCCUGGCUCGGCCACCCCUUACCUCACCUUCACCCCGCCCCAGGGGGAGGACUUCCUGCUCUCCCCUCCCUCUCCUCGUCUGUCCCGCAGCCUGAGCCCCUGUGGAGGGGUGGGCCUGGAGAGCUGGCUGACAGGGGCCAGCCCCUUGAGCAUCCUGGAGAGGGAGUUGACGGAGGGGGAGGGGGCAGAGGGAGACAGGGGCACUGGCCGCAAAGCCCUGGGCAGCUGGCGAAAUAGCCCUGCAGAGGUAUCUUGAUAUACUGCAUGGUGUGCAGUGUUGCAUCUCGGGCUCACUGUGGUUAGAACUGGAGUUCUUCCCUCCGUUGUUGCUGCCUCUAGAUAGAUCAUGUGCAAUAGAAACAGGCCUCUUGUAGAGCUUGCAACGCCAGGGUUGUGGGUUCGAUUCCCACGGGGGGCCAGUAUGAAAAAUGUAUGCACUCACUAACUAUAAGUCGCUCUGGAUAAGAUCGUCUGCUAAAUGACUAAAAUGUCAAAUGUAAAUGAAUGACGACUAACUGUAAUGUUGACCAGCAGAGCUUACACGGCUCCUGUGUCAUAUUUUGGUCUGCAUGUUUUGUUGUUGUGUGCACUACUAACAUGCACAUGUUUGAGUGUUAAAUCUUCAUAUGAAAACCCAAUUUAUCUCAGGUGUUUGGAAUGAAAACCAUGUGACCGUGCAUGAUUUUUAUUUUUUAAAUGUGUUGAAUGAUUCAGAGAAGGGUUGCAGAUUCUUGACCCCCACCAUUAUACCAUCAUAUUGGAAAAUAUUGUCAUAGAGAAGCCAAUUUUAUUACUAUUUGAGGAUUAAGAUUGGUUUGUGAAUGUUUUUAAAGAAAAUCUAAAUAUUUUGAAUAUUUUUUUUAUUGAAAAUAACUUUUGUUCGAGAGAUAUCUAUGGAUUUUUCUAACAAACAGUGUAAAUUGACUUCCACUGCGAUUGUGUUUACAGCUUCCAGACAUCACGCACUGGUUGAAUCAACGUUGUUUCCAUGUCAUUUCAAUGAAAUUACGUUGAAGCAACGUGGAAUAGACGUUGAAUUGACGUCUGUGCCCAGUGGGGAACUCCUAUUUGUGAACCAUACAGAGUCUAAUGUGUGUGUUGUUCAUCUUACAGCUGGUGAAGAAUGAGAGCGACUACCAUGGAAGAACAUCCAGAAGCCCUGUCAUGUUGUUUGACAUCCAGGACAACAACAUGAAUGCGAACUCAUUCGCGGUAAGGUGCUGAUUUGCAUUUUGUGGGCGACGAAAAUAUUAGAAAAUGUGUAUGUCUGGUAUUUCUGGAUAAGAAAUAUGUGGUGGGGAUUUAUUUAUCAUGAUCUAUGAUUAUCGCUUCCUUUAACUCAUCACUGUUAAUUUAACUGAACUUCAGCACUUACAGUGCAUUUGGAAAGUAUUCAGACCCCUUGACUUUUUCCACAUUUUGUUACGUUACAGCCUUAUUCUAAAAUUGAUUAAAUUGUUUUUUAUUACAAACAUAAAUAUCACAUUUACAUAAGUAUUCAGACCCUUUACUCAGUACUUGAUUGAAGCACCUUUGGCAGCAAUUACAGCAUUGAGCAUUCUUGGGUAUGACGCUACAAGCUUGGCACACCUUUAUUUGGGGAGUUUCUCCCAUUCUGCUCUGCAGAUCCUCUCAAGCUCUGUCAGGUUGGAUGGGGAGCGUUGCUGCACAGCUAUUAUCAAGUCUCUCCAAAGAUGUUAGAUCGGGUUCAAGUCCGGGCUCUGGCUGGGCCACUCAAGGACAUUCAGAGACAUGUCCCGAAGCCACUCCUGCGUUGUCUUGGCUGUGUGCUUAGGGUCGCUGUUCUGUUGGAAGGUGAACCUUCGCCCCAGUCUGAGGUCCUGAGCGCUCUGGAGCAGGUUUUCAUCAAGGAUCUCUCUGUACAUUGCUCCGUUCAUCUUUGCCUCGAUCCUGACUAGUCUCCCAGUAACUUCCGCUGAAAAACAUGCCCACAGCAUGAUGCUGCCACCACCAUUCUUCACCGUAGGGAUGUUAUUGGCCAGGUGAUGAGCGGUGCCUGGUUUCCUCCAGACAUGAUGCUUGGCAUUCAGGCCAAAGAGUUCAAUCUUGGUUUCAUCAAAACAGAGAUUCUUGUUUCUCAUGGUCUGAGAGUCUUUAGAUGCCUUUUGGCAAACUCCAAGUGGGCUGCCAUGUGCCUUUUUACUGAGGAGUGGCUUCCGUCUGGCCACUCUCCCUUAAAGGCCUGAUUGGUGGAGUGCUGCAGAGAUGGUUGUCCUUCUGGAAGGUUCUCCAAUCUCCACAGAGGAACUCUAGAGCUCUGUCAGAGUGACCAUCAGGUUCUUGGUCACCUCCCUGACCAAGGCCCUUCUCCCCCGAUUGCUCAGUUUGGCCGGGCGGCCAGCUCUAUGAAGAGUCUUGGUGUUUCCAAACAUCUUCCAUUUAACACUGAUGGAGGCCACUGUGUUCUUGGAGACCUUCAAUGCUGCAGAAAUUUUUUGGUACCCUUCCCCAGAUCUGACUUGACACAAUGCUGUCUCGGAGCUCUACGGACAAUUCCUUCGACCUCAUGGCUUGGUUUUUGCUCUGACUUGCACUGUCAACUGUGGGACCUUAUCUAGACAGGUGUGUGCCUUUCCAAAUCAUGUCCAAUCAAUUGAAUUUACCACGGGUGGACUCCAAUCAAGUUGUAGAAACAUCUCAAGGAUGAUCAAUGGUAACAGGAUGCACCUGAGCUCAGAUUCAAGUCUCGUAGCAAAGGGUCUGAAUACUUAUGUAAAUAAGGUAUUUCUGUUUUUAAUUUUUAAGAAAUCUGCCAGAAUUUCUAAAAACCUGUUUUUGCUUUGUCAUUAUGAGGUAUUGUGUGUAGAUUGAUGAGGGGAAAAAAUAAUUUAAUCAAUUUUAGAAUAAGGCUGUAAUGUAACAAAAUGUGGAAAAAGUCAAGGGGUCUGAAUACUUUCUGAAGGCACUGUAACUAAUCAUUUAUCCUAAAUCCCAUCACUCAGCUUCAGACUGUUACUUUGAGUUUCUGUAAAGAACAAGUCAAUAAGAUUAAUAUGACCACAUUCUUGCAUGACCUUGCUGCCAUCUUUUCCUCCCCGCUGAUUGUGCAUGUCAUCUUUUGAAUAGUAUCAGACGUGAACUAAUAUUUCAUUGUGACUGUGUACAUUCUAUAUGCCACUCACUCUAGUGUCUUGCUCUUCCAUGCUUACCCCUCGGCCGGACUCCACCACCAUCUCUUCUGGUGUUUCUCGACUUUCCUGGUUUUUCCUGGUUUCUAACGGACCCCUCCCUUUCUGCCUUGCCACUCACUGGACCUCCUACCUUCCUCCUUCCUGUGCGCCCUCUAACUCCCUGCCCCACCCCUCUACCCAACCCAACUUCAUCUGUCCUCUCCUUCUGGGCUGACUGGGGAUUCUGGGUAUUCUCUCUCUGACCUGGCCACUGUCACUAGGAGGCGGUGUGUAAUGAGAUCAUGAAUAUAGCUGAGACCUCGGUGAGGUACUGCAGCACCCUCUCCCCCCACCCCAAUGACUCUGUCCUUCACAGACUACUUCCCCCCCUUCACCCCAGUAAACAAUCUCUCAUCAUUUCCCAGCAACCCCAGUCCCACAGCAACAGCCCGGAGCCAAGCCGUCUCAGCUGUGGAAUGUGAGUAUGGCCGUCUGACGUCUAGUCUGAGCUCUGGAUACUCUGGUUUCUGUUUUACUGUUGCUGUCUGACUUAAGGCUUCAAAGCCCCAGUUCAACAGUCAUGUUCAUUAGGGCACGCAACGGAAAACGUUUUAAAAUGCUUUGCAACAGAAAACUAAAAUGAGCAUUUUUUUUAUGGGACAAGUCCCAGUAGUCCCUCCCUGUUUCAGUUGGUUUUAAUCCAUUUGGUGCAUAAUGAACACGACCCUGGUCUGGUAUAUACAUAUCUUAUUACGUUUUUGAUACUAUGUCUCUCAAGUCCUUUUGUGGUUGUAGUUCUGACUUUAUGUAAUGUUAUCCUACAGUUUCCAGGCUUUGUACAGUUACGUGCCACAGAAUGAAGAUGAGCUGGAGCUGCAGGAGGGAGAUCUUGUCAGUGUCAUGGAGAAGUGCGAUGAUGGCUGGUUUGUUGGUAUGUGCCUGGGGCCUCAGGAUGGAUUCCCCAAAGAUAUAGUCACAGUCACAUCCAUCCAUAUAGGGUUACAGCAGAGUGACAGCAGAGGGACAAAACUGCCAUGUGGGUAGUUUCUCAGAAACUCGCACAUAGAGGAGGUUCAAACACUUAGGGCUCUAUUUUAACAAAUCUAACACAAUGGUCAAUCUUAGCGCUGGCAGUAGCGCUAUAGGUUUUGGGGUGUGUAAAAAAUAUUUUUGCUAUUUUCACAACCGUAAUUAUGGCCGCAGUACCUGGUGGUAGCUGGGUUUUGAUAAAUAAACAAGUUGUGGGUGUGUUGCGGCUUGACACCUCACUGGCCAAUCAUAAUGUGCUCAAUGGCUAAAUAUGUGGUUGCUUCAAGUUGUGUAUUUACGGUCUUUUAUGUAUUGCGUUGUCAUCAACUCCAAUUUGAAUGUUAGGCCGUUAUAGCCUAGUUCGUUAAAUAGCCUGCCCCAUAUUUGCUAAAUAUGUUGAACAUGUUUGCAGUCCACAUUGUUCUAAUUGCAUUGUUAUACAUAAGCUAUAGCAUUAGCACUGAUAUAGGGGCUAGGCCUACUGUAAAUUGCAGUCUGGACAUGGACAUGCCAAACGUAGUCAAUAAUCAAAAUUAAAUUCACUAGGCUAUUGAUGAGGCCUAAAAAGACUGUAUAAUUCUAAUCAAAUUCUAAGAAAAAUUGGGAUAUGUCUAAAUACAGUUACAGGCACCAUAAUUACUCCCGUGGGCGUAUAAUACAGACAAGGCAAGUAAAACUACGGAGGGUUUUACGCACAUCCAAACUUUUCACAGGAGCUGGACAAAGAUUGAAUAUAAAGAGAAAGGGGGAAAGUCCACUCACCAUUAUACUGCUCCCAAAUGUAAUGCUUUAUAAACAUCAUGGAACUAUCUUACUGAUCAUAUUUGCACUUCUCCAGAAAUAGCCAUGUACAUUCUCAACAUAAACCCAUUGACGCUGAAUCUUUCUAAUAAGUUAGGUUUUUAAUUAAAUGAAAAGCAAUCAAUCUGUUUUUUAAAACAACAAUAUUUCUAAAUAGGAUCGGGUCAGAAGCGUGAUAUCAUAAAUCACAUCUCUUGUUCCAUGAGCAUAAGGCAAUGGGUGCACACCACAGGAGGUUGGUGGCACCUUAAUUGGGGAGGACGGGCUCUUGGUAAUGGCCGGAGCGUAAUUGGUGGAAUGGUAUCAAAUUCAUCAAACAUGGUUUCCCGUGUUUGAUGCCAUUCCAUUUGCUCCGUUCCAGCCAUUAUUAUGAGCCGUCCUCCCCUCAGCAGCCUCCACUGCUGCACACGUAGGCAUAAGGGCUCUUCGGCAGGAGGCAUGGAUGUUUGUCCUAUACAUUGAAUAUUGUUUAUUAAAUAGUAUACAGUAACCCUACAAUAGGCCUAGUUAUAACAAACAUGUAGCCAAUGUAGUAUUUUUUAGUUGCUUCAAAUAUUUGUCUACACACAUUGCAUUUGCAUUUCGAAAAUGCACUGCAUGUUCGAGCCAUGGAUAAAUGGACAUUGCCCGAACAUUAUAAUAAGAUUAGCCUACCAUUGCUGUUGAUAUAGCCUGUUAGUGACUUUGCCACGUGGAAGGUAAACAUACGAACAGGCAAAUAGCCUAGGCUACAAGCGGAUUCAGCACCAUGGACAGCGAUCGGAAUUCCCGCAAUUUGACAGUUAGGUCCAACAGAUGAAAGUGGAGGAUGCUAUUUUUUUACAAAAUGAUCAAGGAAAAACAAUAAGCAGUCUAUUGUAAAAACAUUAUGUUCCUGAACAGACUUCCUACGGUCACUGACACCAUUCAUUCAAUGGCAUCGCACAUAGGCCUACUGAGUCUAAACUUUUCACAGAAGCUGCAUGGACAAAAAAAAUGUCCAAUAUAAAGGAAAACGGGAAUGUCUGUUUUGCUGCUCGAAGAUAUUUUAAUAAAACAUUGGUUAUAGGCUACUCAUUAGGCUACUGUGCGCCUCCGCUGACAAAAUCGAUGCAAUAACCAAUUGCGUUACUGCUAAUACCAGCUUUUAGUAAGUCUUAAAUAUCACCAGUAGCGCUGUUUGAAAUUGGCACGUUUUUAAUGACACACACCAAAUAUUUCCACCCCUUCCAGGUCAAUUACCAACCCUGGCGCCAUAGCAGAGUGCUGGCUUUAACAAGUCGAAAUUGCCAAAGAGCGUGCGUUGGACACCAGCGCCUCCUUAACACCAGCCCGAAAAUAGAGCCCAUAGAGUUCAAAACCGUACAUUUGUUCAGCCUGAUAUCUAAAUGUGUGUUUAUGUACUCAAUGGUAGUGGUUGCUAUUAUAUCACAUAAGUAGGCACAUUUGAUUGCAAAGACUAACAAAUAUUGUUGUUGUUGUUUCGUUCUCAGGUACCUCGAAGAGGACAAAACACUUUGGCACGUUUCCAGGAAAUUACGUAAAAGAGGUCAACUUAUAACCUGUCAACAAACAUUUAUAGUGUGAGGAGAACCUAGCUCUAACCCAUGGUUGCCUGUUGAGUGUUGGGGAAAUAAUUACUAUUGCGCUUGACUUUAAAUUAGGAUAGUCAUUUAGUCAAGUGAAUACGUUGGUCUAGUGUAAGUGAUCAGUUUGGUCUGAGGUAUGUUAAUGUUUAUGAGGCCACGAUAGGAGAAAGCUAGCUGUUGACACUGCCCAAUCGUCAGUGUGGUGUAUACAUACCCUAACCACGUCUUGCACAGUACAUGGCUGAAUUUAUCAUAUGAUAUUCUGACAAUGGAACUUUUAGUAAAAAAUAAGUGUCACACACUGCGGUAUACACUGAGUGUACAAAACA